AUGACAGUGGUUCUUAUCUUCUGGAGAGGACACUCCGGCGGCGACCCUUCCAUCUUCCAUCCCAGUGGCUAUUUAUACAAGAAAAACCUACAGGAUGCCAUUCAGAAGAUCAGAUUAACAGGAGGCUAUCAUUUGAUACCACGACGAGGAGUAAAAGCGAUGGCCGAAUGGGAUUCUAUUGUCGAAAUCGACAGAUCAGAAGCUAUCUCACCAGACCUGAUCAAGCUUCGCGGUGGCUGGGCAUCCAUGGACCGUGGACGUCCGCACGCCUGCAGCCCGUUUCGGCCCUUGAAGGUGGCAUGUGGCCACUGCGAAAAGGAAAAAGGCUGUAUUGCUUUGACGUAUCUCAGAAGGAUAUGCUUUGACAUGCCAAAGUCAAAUAUGGGAGGCCUGCCCCAUGAUUGGUUCCACGCCAUCGACACAGCCUCUUAUAUAUACUUUGGCCACUCUGGUGUACCUGAGACCUGUAGUGACACGAGCUGUCGCUAUCACUACGGCGAGGAGAUGGUCACAGGCUAUCCUGUGGUCAACAAGUGA